AUGAUGUCACUGGUGGUAGAUUUCCUUGUCAAGGACAAGACAGUUCUUCUGGGGAUUUCUGCAACCGUGUUCUUUAUAAUGCUUUCAAGUAAGUUACAUUUUGAAUUUCAAAAGCUGAUAACAAAAAUUGAGCAAUAUAUUGUUGGAAAGACAACCGAUGGAACGGACCCCAGCAGGCUUCUUAUCUCAUUCAUGGUUCUGCCUAUAAAUCACUAUAUAGCAAGCCUUAUCUACAAGCUUAUUUCGGCCUACAUUAUCCAGCUGCUUAUGGGGAAGUCGUUCCAUCACUGCUUGAGGGAGUAUCUCCUAAUGAACUACCAUGGAUUUCAUCAUCUAGGAUCUGGGCAGAUACAUUCACUGGUUGAGCGAAGGUCUAAUGCAAUAGUGAGUUUUAUGAGAAUAUUCUUUGCAGACAUCUUUUUCAAUGUGACAUAUGUUAUGUGGGGGUUUCUGUACUUCUGCCGUUGCUCGAUGGGUAUUGUGACAUUAACCAUUGUCCAGAUACUAGUGUAUGCUGUUGUAUCGUGGCGUGGUACAAUUAUCAGAAACCACUUCAGAAGGAAGUACAAUGCUGCAUACAAUACAGCCUCAAAUAGGCUUUAUGGAGUCCUACAGAACUAUGAUAUAAUUAAGUCAUACAACAAAGAAGAGAAAGAGCUGUCUAAAUAUCUAGGAACUGUUUGGGAUGUUGGAAGGCACUCCAGAAGGUAUGAUCAAGUCAACGGGUUUGUAGAGUUUUUCCAGAAAAGCCUGUUUUUCAUUCCAAAUGCAUUUCUGGUGUUCAUGAUAGUCAAUGGAUAUAUGUUUAAAAGUAUGAGGAUAGGAAACAGAUACAUCGAGUACUCAAAGUUCUUUUCUGAGUUACGUAACGGAAUAAUGAAGCUGAAGGAUAGCAUCUUUACAAUGAACGAGAAUCUAACAGAUAUUUUUGACUCAAGGAUUGAAAAUGCAGCCGAGGAGGAUGAUGGUCUUGGCCUCACUAUAGAGACAUUUAGCGAUUCAAUAAGAUUUUCCGAUGUGUCUAUUCACAUAGGGAACAAGCUUGUAAUAGAAGGCUUUAAUGGUGAGAUCAGGAAGGGAGAGAAGAUAGGCAUAAUAGGGAAGAAUGGCUGUGGGAAGUCGUCUUUCAUCAAUGCACUUCUUCGGUUCCUUGAAUACAAGGGAGAAAUAUACAUUGACGGGGUUGAGCUAAGAAGAAUCAGAAAGUCAUCUGUCCGGAAUCUCAUUUCGUUUGUUCCCCAGAACCAUCACCUAUUCAACGGGACUGUUCUUGAAAAUAUAGCUUACUCUUGCAACUCCAUUGAAUAUGAGGAUGUUCUAAAAAAGUGUGUGCAUUUCAAUGCACAUGAGAUGCUGAGCAAGCUUGAGAAAGGAUAUCAGACUCUGGUUGGGGAAAAUGGAAAGUUUCUAAGCGGAGGACAGAAGCAAAGGGUUAGCUUCAUGAGAGCGAUGGUAAAGGACUCCGACAUAGUUGUCCUGGACGAACCGACAUCUAAUCUGGAUGCAGAUUCUGAGAAGGAGCUGGUGGAGAUGAUACUUAAAAAGAUGAAGGAUAAGACUGUGUUUCUAGUUGUACAUGAUCAUGAUCUUCUUCGAGGCUUCGAUAAGAUACUUGGACUUCAUGAUAGCACAGUUAGAGUAUAUGAUUCCUUUGAUGAGUUUAUUAUUGAUAGAUCAAAGUACUGA